CAGAGUUCUUCGCAGAUGGCCUCAGGGGGGAUGGCAGGCAUCCUUUGCAGGACACCUCUCUUCAUCUUCGCACUUUUGCCUUGUGCUGUCACAGGCACCCAUCUGGCUAUCAAUGGCAACACUGCUGACUACCAGCUGUCAACAAAGCCAGGCGUAGCAGAGUCCCUCGUGUGCACAGUGCACAACAACAGCCAGGGAGAAGAGCUGCUCUGGUUCCGAGGGGACACACAGGUCGACCUGAAAGAUGGAAACAAAGUGAAUGCCAGCAGCGUCUGCAUCUACCCCGUCGCUGUAGAUGACAACGGAGUUUCCUUUACCUGCAAGUUGGCCCGAGAUGGAUCUGUCAUGAUCUCUGUGGUCCUGGAUGUCCGUUUCCCCCCCAUCCUCAGCGGAGAAGACCCCCCACAGGAAGAACAGGCUGAUGUGACACUGGAUUGCCACACAAAGGCCAAUCCUCCUGCUCAGAUGGCCUGGUAUAAGGACAACAGCUUUCUGACCCUGAAGAAAUCCCGUUACCACAUUUAUCAGACCAGCGAGCUCUUUCAGUUGACCAUUGCAAAGGCCCAGGUAUCCGACAAUGGGAUAUACACCUGUGUGGCUAGUUUGGAUGGGAUAACAGAGAAGAGGGAUUUCCACCUGACUGUUGAAGAAGGGAAUCUCCCUUUCCCAAUGGAGGCUGUCAUUGCUGCGGCUGUGGUCGUUUUUUUCACUAUCCUCUUUGGCAUUGUGGCUCGAUGGAAGCGGAUUGCAAAGUGCUUUGGGAUAGGGUGCAACUCGUCAAGCAACACGUUUCUGUGAAGGAAUUCCUCCCCUGGAGCAAGCAAAGGAGCACCCCUGCCCAUCACCACAGAUGACAAGACCCUUCCAGCUUUUAAGGGCCCUGGUUCAGAGGCCUCUUUGAUAGCAUUUAAAAGUUGCACCCUUUCUGCUGUCUGACAGUUGCUCCUGUAGGUUUAAGUGCAUAUAUUUGGCUUACAAUUGAGAAAGUCAGGCUGGCCAGACCUUUGGUGUUUUACCAAGGUAAAAUAUUAACUUCAGGCUUGCCAUUCAAAUGCCCAAAUUGCAAAUCAGGAACGGGGAAUCUGUUUCUCUAGAUGCUGCCAACCCCCAUCAUCACUGACUGCAGGCUAUACUGGCUGAGGCUGAUGAGAGGUGGAGUCCUAGCGCCACCCAGAGGACCAAAGUCUUCCCUGUCCUUGGUGUAAACAUGCAGAUUAUUUAAAAAAGUAAUAUCACUGGUUGCUGUUUUGCUACAGGGCCAGGUUCAAGGUCUUCAUGUUAACUCACAAAGCUCUAAACAACUUGGGACCAGCGUACCUUAACUGUCUGAUCCUUUAUUCUCCACCUUGAUCACUGAAAUCCUCUGGUGGGCCACCUCUUGGGGGGGGGGGAUGUACUCCAUGCCCCAGAAGUUCAGCUGGCCUUCACUAGGGACUGAACGUUUCAUGUAGUGAGCUCUGCCCUGUGGAACUCUCUGCCAGUAGAGGUUCAGCAGGAACCACCCCAGCCUUCCUUCAGACGUCUCUUGAAAUUUGCACUUUUUAAACACAAUGUGAUUUUGUUCCUUUUAACCAACCAGUACUGAUUGCUGUUUCGUUGUUUUUUCUAAUUAUGUUUUACAUAUAUUUAUGUAAACAAUCAUAAAUAUUCAAAACCAACAAAUAAAUGC